AUGCGCUUGCUCCUGUGGACGUUGCUAGCGACUGUGGGCGUCUUUCUUUCGUGUUGUCAGGCUGCUUCAGGCGACUCGAAUAAACUAGUGAAGUGUUCACUAUCCGACCAGUUGGCUUCGUGUGGGCGUGCGGUCGACAUUGAUUUCGAUUAUGACAAGCGUUUUCUGAGAGGCGAAAGCAGAACACUACAAUUGAAAGAAGAUAAUCGAGAUGAAGCUGAGGAGCGCGGAAUCUCCCAAGUCGCACAGAAAAUCGCAGACAAAACAAAGCAGUUGGGCAGGAAGGCCGUGGAAAUAUGGAAGCGCAUCAAAGCAUGGUACCUCGCGAAGGAGGCGCCAAUACUCGAGCGCAGAUUUAAGGAGCUGCUUAAGGAGGGCAAAUCUUACGACGAUGUCAAGGCUCAAUGGAACAGUAUCUUAUGGAGUGGCUGGUGGUCACUACCGUCAGGGUUCAAGAGAUUCCUUAGAAAGUAUGAUGAGUUUCUGAGGGAAAAUAAGCGCUUCGAUCUCGCAAAAUAA